GAAAAAGAGAGGCAUGACAUUAUUUUCUUAUAACAUCAUCAUCUGCAUUCAUUUUCUCUCAUUCCACCUACUUUCUUCACCCACCUCAACUUGCUCAAAUUCCUUCUUUUCCACUGUAUCUUAAUUCUUUCCUAUCUUUUUCUACUGAAUUUUUUUCUGCUUUGUCUUAUCUUACAUUGAGUUUACUUGAAGUUGAUAUAUUCAUACCUUUAAGAAUCACCAACUGUUUUAAGACUCUUAGAGAGCAUCUUUUACUUAAGUAAUAGCUUCUUGAUCAACCACCACUUAAAAUUAUUCAUCCUUGUUGUUUUCAAUACUCUAUAUUUAUAGACUACAUUGUUAAUGGAAGUCUUUCCUUUUCUAGUAUAUGAUAUGUCAUCAUCUUUAUGCAAAUGUAACUUCUCUCUUUAUUUCACUGAAAUUAUGUGGUUUUAGGAAAAUGUAACUCUCAAUUUUACAUUAAUUCAAUCCAAUCCACUAUUUUGAGCAACUCUUUCCUCUGUUUUUCCCCUGUUUUGUCCAACUUAUAUGAUUUCCUUUGUAAAACCCAACUUCUGAUUUUCCCUAUUUCAUGGAAUCAUUGAAUCAAUCAUCUAGAUUUCCUUACCAUUCUGAUAAUCAAGAAAACGACGUCGAAUUUUCAGGGAAAGUAGAAAUCUUUAUCCAUCAUGCUAGGAACAUACACAACAUAUGCAUAUAUGACAACCAAGAUGUUUAUGCAAAAUUCUCCCUUACCUACAACCCGGAUGAAUUGGUUUCGACUCGGGUUGUUGUUGGAGGAGGUAAAAACCCGGAUUUCGACGAGAAGUUAGUAUUGAAAGUUAAGCAAAUUGAUGCUGUGAUCAAAUGUGAGAUUUGGAUGCUAAGUAGAGUUAGAAACUUGUUGGAAGAUCAACUUUUGGGUUUUGCUUUAAUCCCAAUUUCUCAAAUUGUUAAUCAAGGAGGUAAAAUAAGUUGUCAAGAUUAUAGUCUUUCUUCUACUGAUCUCUUUCAUUCACCUGCUGGAAUUGUUCAAUUAAGUCUUUCAAUCUCAAAAAACUUCUCCUCUGUUUCUCCUCUGUUUUCCUCUGUUAAUCAUAAUUUCUCAGGAAAUUCAUCAAUUUCUUCUGAAGUAGUUUUGUUAAACCCUAAUGAUUAUUCAAGAGUAGAAUUUCCAGAUAUAAAUGCAGCUACAGAAGAUCAAGUUAUGGUAUCUGAGUACUUUAAUUCGAAUUCGAACACUACUUCUUUAGGCUCAUUUCUUCAUUUAGGGUCUGUGAUAAAAGCAGAGAAUAAUGAUUAUGAAAUGGUACUAAAUUCUUCUGAAGAGAAUGAUAAUAACUCUUCAAAUGAUAUUAAUCAAGAUUAUGGGAUUUCGAGCUCGAAAAAAAGUGUAAGCAAUGAUCUAAACACGGAUGAAUCAAUCUCAGCUGGUGAUCAACAAACACCAACAUCUCCAACACAUGAUGAAACAGGGGAAAAACAGAGUAAGGUGGAUGAUGAGAUUGGAAGUAGGAAUCAAAGUGAGAAAAUUAAUGAAAUUGAAGAUGUCAAAGGUGAGAUUUCAGGGUAUGGGAAUUCGGGUCGAGUUAUUCCAGGUCGGAUCAGGAAUUCGGGCCUCGAGGUUGAGCAGGCAGCAAUGCAGAAGCAAAUCAUGGAUAUGUAUAUGAAAAGUAUGCAACAAUUUACAGAGUCCUUGGCAAAUAUGAAGCUGCCCAUGGAUCUUGAUCCCGGAACGAAUAGCGAAAAUUCGGGUAAUGUGAUUCGGAUUAUAGAAAGAAGCAAUGAUUUGGAUCUUGAGAACAAGAAGAAAGAUGGUUCAAGAGUGUUUUAUGGUAGUAGGGCUUUUUUCUAAAGUGGCAAAAAUAUUUUUCAAAAAAUUGUUAGAUAGUUGAAGACUACAACAUCAUGAUGUUUGGAAGAUAAUCUAAUCUAGUAAACAACAAAGUAAGUUUUUUCAAUUUUAUGUUCUUCAUUUUCGCGCGUAAUUUAGUUGAUGUUAUGGUCAAUCGAUGUUGUUAGUCUUUCUAAAUUAGUUAUGUUAAUCUCCCUAAGUUCUAAGUGUUUUUAUCUUUGGUUAGUUUGUUAAUAAUAAUCUAUGUUUUGGAUCUUUAUAAAAAGCCAAAGAAUGAUAACAUGGUGAUCUUUGAUUUUUCAAAA